ACUCGGUUCUGAACCAAGCUUUGAUGCCCCUGGGAGAUGAUUAUGUCAUGGUGAAAGGAGCGACUGGCCAAAGUGAAAAGGCAUAUUUUUGUAAACCUUUAGAAUACAAAUUAGGAAAACAGUGGGGCAUUCAUAAAUUUUUAUAUAUGCCCAACUCCCCAAAGGCACUUUUGGGAAGGGACUUGUUGGAACAAUUGGGAGCAAAAAUUGUAUUCGAAAAGGGAGAAAUUACUCUGGAGGUAAAAGAUCAGCAAUAUAUUCAAAUAUUGAGCCUAACCUUAACCAGUCUCCCCCUAGGAGGGAGCAUUAAUGAGGACAUCUUAAACCAAGUGUACCUGGGGGUAUGGGCUACCGAUGCACCUGGAAGAGCGAAAAGUGCUCCACCUGUUGAAGUUAGGAUCAAGGAAGGCCGAAAGCUGGUAAGAAUUAAACAAUAUCCCCUAAAGAAGGAAGACAGAGAAGGAAUCCGGCCGGUGAUAGAAAAAUUUUUGCAGUUGGGAUUAUUAAAAGAGUGUGAGUCUGAAUUCAAUACCCCUAUAUUACCUGUUCGGAAGCCCGAUGGGUCAUAUCGGGUGGUCCAAGACUUACGGGUGGUGAAUAAGAUAACUGAAGAUCUUUACCCGGUAGUGGCGAACCCAUAUACCCUGUUGACCGUAUUAACACCUGAAUUGACUUGGUUUACUGUUUUAGAUUUGAAGGAUGCUUUCUUUUGCCUCCCUCUCCAUGAAGCCAGCCAAAAAUUAUUUGCAUUUGAAUGGGAAAACCCCAAGAGUGGUUGAAAGACCCAGCUCACUUGGACGGUGUUGCCACAAGGAUUUAAGAAUAGUCCUACCAUUUUCGGCAAUCAGCUUGCGAAAGACUUAGAAUCCUGGGAAACCCCGUCUGAGGAGGGAAAGCUGUUGCAGUAUGUGGAUGAUAUCCUGAUCGCCACCAAGACAGAGAAAGAUUGUAUGACAUGGACGCCACUGAGCAGAAACACCUUGAGUGGAACAAGGAGACCGAACGAGCCUUUGAGCUACUGAAAAAGGCUUUGAUGUCAGCCCCGGCCUUAGGACUCCCAGAUGUGAGUAAGCCGUUUCUUCUUUACUCCCACGAGAAGCAGGGCAUUGCCCUGGGAAUAUUAGCACAAAACCUGGGUCCAUAUCGACGGGCAGUUGCCUACCUCUCUAAGCAGUUAGACACGACUGCAAAAGGUUGGCCUGGAUGCCUGCGGGCGGUUGCAGCUGUGAUAUUGAACAUACAGGAAGCCCAAAAGUUUACUCUGGGCCAGAAAAUGACUGUUUUGGUGUCUCAUACAGUAUCAGCAGUACUGGAAGCAAAGGGUGGACAUUGGCUCUCUCCACAAAGAUUCCUGAGAUAUCAAGCUAUAUUGGUAGAGCAGGAUGAUGUGGAGAUUGUAGUCACUAACAUUGUCAACCCAGCUUCUUUUCUCAGCGGGAACACAGGAGAACCGGUACAUCAUGACUGUUUGGAAACCAUCGAAGCAACAUACGCCAGUCGCCCAGACCUGAAAGACAGCCCCAUGGAAAACGGGGAAACUUGGUUCACAGACGGAAGCAGUUACAUCCUAAAUGGUAAUCGACAUGCGGGAUACGCCAUCACCACCAGCCAAGAGGUAAUAGAAUCAGGGGCUUUGCCCAUGAACACCUCCGCACAGAAGGCAGAAAUAAUUGCUCUAACCCGCGCCCUGGAAUUGGCCCAGGGCAAAGUUGUGAACAUUUAUACAGACUCAAAAAUAUGCCUUUGGAGUUGUACAUGCACAUGGAGCAAUUUGGAAGGAGAGAGGACUAUUGAAUUCCCAGGGGAAAAAUAUCAAACACGCAGAAGAAAUUCUGAAGUUACUGGAAGCUGUCCAGCUCCCUAAGAAAGUAGCAAUUAUGCAUAUUAAGGCACACCAGAAAGUGAGCUCGGAUUUGGAAAGAGGGAAUGAACUGGCGGACAGAGAGGCAAAACAAGUGGCCAAAACAAAGGUAAAAACAGAAGGGGCUUUAAUUCCUGAUAGACAAAUCUCCCUAAAAGGUAAGCCAGAAUAUACCAGGGAAGAUCAGAAGCUCAUUACAGAUUUAGAAGGGUCAUAUAAUGAAGAGGGGUGGGCUCAUACCCCACAGGGAAAACUAAUCAUUCCCUCUUGCUUACUGUGGCAUUUGAUACGGGAGGAGCAUAGGAAAAGACAUUGGGGGACAGAGGCUCUGUAUAAACAUUUGAUAAGAGAAAUUGUGGCUAGAAAUUUAUAUACCACGGUGAGACAGGUGACUCAACAAUGCGAUCUUUGCCUUCAGACUAAUCCUAAGAAUACCCCCAAACUAGGAAUGGGCCAGAUUGGAAAAGGCAAUGGGCCUGGACAACAAUGGCAAAUUGAUUUUACAGAACUUCCAAGAAAAGGGGGGUAUCGAUAUUUAUUGGUAUUAACUGA